AUGGAUAUUCAAGCGCUGAUGAACCAGGCGCGGAUGGGCGCGUCGGCCGCGCCGCCGGGCGAUGCGCCGCAGCAGGACAACGCCGAGACAGUGUACAUUAGUAGCUUGGCGCUGCUCAAGAUGCUCAAGCACGGCCGUGCAGGCGUGCCGAUGGAGGUCAUGGGCCUCUUGCUCGGCACGAUCGUCGACGACUACACCGUGUCGGUCGUUGAUGUGUUCGCCAUGCCGCAGUCGGGUACGGGUGUGAGUGUCGAGGCGGUGGACCCGGUAUUCCAGACCCGCAUGCUCGACAUGCUCAAGCAGACCGGCCGCUCGGAAGUGGUCGUGGGCUGGUACCACUCGCACCCGGGCUUUGGGUGCUGGCUGUCGAGCGUGGAUAUCAACACACAGCAGUCGUUUGAGCAGCUGAACCAGCGUGCGGUCGCGAUCGUCGUCGACCCGAUCCAGUCGGUCAAGGGCAAGGUCGUGAUCGACGCGUUCCGCCUGAUCAACCCGUCGACGGUGAUGCUCGGCCAGGAGCCGCGUCAGACGACCAGCAACAUCGGUCACCUGAACAAGCCCUCGAUUCAGUCGCUGAUCCAUGGGUUGAACCGCCACUACUACUCGAUCGCGAUCGGUUACAAAAAGACGGAGCUCGAGCAGGCGAUGCUCGGCAACCUGCACAAGCGCAACUGGACCGACGGCCUGCGCCUCGCCGACUUCCAGGAGCACAAACACCAAAACGAGUCUGCGGUCAAGAGCAUGCUCAAGCUCGCAGAAGACUACCAGAAGUCGGUCAAGGAGGAAUCGACCUUGACACAGGAACAGAUCAAGACGCACUACGUCGGAAAGCAGGAUCCAAAACGCCACCUGGAAGACGCAGUGGAGUCGUCCAUGGGCAACCAAAUCGUUCAGAGCCUGGGGACAAUGAUCCUCGCGGAACUGUAG